AUGUCUCUCUUUGUUCUUGCCGAGACGCCUGCGGGCUACGGCCUGUUCAAGGCCGCCGACAAGAAACUCUUCAAGAACGAUGACCUCGCCGCCGAGCUCGGCCGCCCCGAGAAGCUUGUCGAAAUGCUCAAGUUGAAGAAGUUUGUCAAGUUCGACAGCGCCGCCAUGGCCCUCGAGGAAGCGGCGUCGCUCAAGGACGGAAAAGUCCCCACGCUGCUCAACUCCCUGCUCGAGGACCUCAAGGCCGAGAAGAAGGCCUCGCUGGCCGUCGCCGACACCAAGCUCGGCACCGCCAUCUCCAACCUGCCCCAGCUCAACAUUUCGCCCGUCUCGGGUUCCAACACCAUGGACGUCUUCCGUGGCAUCCGAGAGCACCUCCCUUCCCUGAUUCCGGGCUUGCUGCAAGAGAACGUGGACCGCAUGGCCCUGGGUCUCUCUCACUCCAUCUCCCGCCACAAGCUCAAGUUCUCCGUCGACAAGAUCGACUCCAUGAUCAUCCAGGCCAUUCGCCUGAUCGAUGACAUGGACAAGGAGCUCAACGUCUUCGCCAUGCGCACCAAGGAGUGGUACGGCUGGCACUUCCCCGAGCUGGCCAAGAUCCUCAACGACAACCUGGCCUAUGCCCGCCUUAUCAUCACCGCCGGCUUCCGAACGAACAUUUCCGAGACCGACCUUUCAGAGAUCCUCCCCGAAUCCACCGAAGAGGCCGUCAAGAAGGCCGCCGAGAUCAGCAUGGGCACGGAGAUCACCGAGGACGAUCUGGCCAACAUCACGGCUCUGGCGGAGCAGGUCAUCCAGUACACCGAGUACCGAGCGCAGCUGUCUUCGUACCUCGAGAGCCGCAUGCGCGCCAUCGCCCCCAACCUGACUGCUCUGGUUGGCUACUUGGUCGGUGCCAGGCUCAUCGCUCACGCUGGCUCUCUCAUGAACCUGGCCAAGGCCCCUGGUUCCACGAUCCAGAUUCUCGGCGCCGAGAAGGCCCUCUUCCGCGCCCUCAAGACCAAGCACGACACUCCCAAGUACGGUAUUCUCUACCACUCGUCCCUCAUCGGCCAGGCCACGGGACGCAACAAGGGCAAGAUCGCCCGUAUGCUUGCUGCCAAGACUGCUCUUGGUCUGCGUGUCGACGCCCUUGACAACAAUGACGAGGAAGACGAGGACCAGCGCGCCAUUCUCGGCCUCAGCAACCGCAUCAAGCUGGAGAACCACCUACGCCGGCUGGAGGGCAAGCCCCUUCUCCCCAAGGGCACCAACGUUGGCCCCACUGGCGAGAUCCAGGCCCCCGGACAGUUCACCCUCAAGGAAACUCGCCGGUACAAUGUUGAUGCUGACGGCGUCAACGGCGAGGACGGCAAGAAGUCCAAGGGAAAGAAGGCCCUCAUCCAAGAAGUCGACGAGGAGUCUGACGAUGAGAUGAAGGACGCCGAGGAUGAGUCGGAUGAUGAGGACGCCGCCACCCCUGCCAAGUCCAAUGUUGCCAAGCUGUCCAAGGCCGAGUAUGAGCGCCUGGCCGCUCUUGCCGGUCUGUCGGUCAAGAAGUUCAAGCGAAAGUACGAGCGCGGUGAUGUCCAGCUUGGUGCCGAUGGCAACCCCAAGGUUUUCAGCAAGAAGGAGAUCAAGAAGAUGCGCAAGGCUGAGGCCAACGGUACCCCCGUCAAGUCGGCAACGCCUGUCAAGGCAGAGCCCGCGUCAGAGAAGAAGAAGAAGCGCAAGCACGAGGACGACGAUGAGGAUGCCGCCGAAUCGAAGAAGGACAAGAAGCAAAAGAAGAAGAAGCGCCACUCGGAAGCCUAA